AUGACAGGGAAACAUAAAAGGAGGUAUGUAACUCGUGUUGGAGAAGACAGAAUCAGUAACUUGCCAGAGCACUUAAUAGACUCAAUCUUAGAGCGGGUCCCAUUUGAAGAUGCUGUAAAAACAAGCAUUAUAUCAAAAAAGUGGAGGUACAAAUGGACCUCAAUGAAGGUGUUGACUUUUGAUAACCACUUCAAUGCAAAAAUUGCAAAAAAUGGAGCUAUUGAUUACAAUGAAUAUAUAAGCACCAUAAACCAAGUGUUAAACCUUCACAAGGGUCCUAUCUUAAAAUUUGUUAUCCAUAUACCACCUAUGCUUCUUGAUAGUUUCGAAGAAAUUGAUGAAUGGAUGAUGUUGUUAUCAAGAAACAAUGCGACAAAACUCGUUCUUUAUAAUUCCAAUCGACGUUAUGAGCUUCCUUCUCAUGUGUUUUCAUGUUUAGGAUUAACAGAGUUGAUAUUGGAAAAUUGUUUCUUCAGUCCACCACUUCAGUUUGAAGGAUUUCAUAAUCUUGAAGAACUUUUUCUUCUGCAUAUUGAUUUUGGGAAGAGUUUAAGUGGAAAUCAGAUGAACUUACCACAACUUAAGAAUCUGCAUUUUCUUGAGUGUACGAAUGUUCACAAUUUCAACAUCAAGGCUACAAAGAUGAAGAGUUUGAUUCUAGUUACGUGUCCUGAUGCUAAUUUGCUACAAUUGCUGGAAAAUCCUUCUAUUGUUGUGUUUGGUGUAUCUUUUCGGACUUUUGAAGAUUUUGAUAGAGUUGAGAUGAUAAAUUCCAUCAGCUUUUUAAGUAGCUUAACAAGAAUUGAAGACUUCUUAAUCGAGGGUAAUUUUCUUAAGAAAAACCAUCUCAAGAACGAGCUACAAGCCGGAACAACGGUGAUGGGAUGUAGUGAGUUGGUUGUCGUGGUGGCAUUUAGGGCUUUUAUAGAAAGAAAGAGAUGCCAACAAUGGAAAGGGUAA